AUGAAUACAAUGAUGACUGCACAACAGAAAAAGCACGGAGCAUUUCGACGAUCACAGAGCACACGAAGUCCAGAACAUUCUCCACCGUGUUCUCCACUGAUCCGUCGCCAGAGACCAGCCACUUUGUACGUUAAGCAUUCGCCAAGGAGCAAUCACGUGGCACCAAUCAAGAAAAUCUCAAUUCCCACGGUCAGCGUUCACGAAAUGGCAACAAAUGCAGAAUGUUUGAUGGUCCGUCCGCAGAUUCCUCCACAGCAACAGUUGUGCCCAAAUUCAAUGGUUCCUCCUUCGUCUUAUGCCGAACGCUUCUCCAGAAGUGCAUCCUCAUCGCCAAGAAGGGGCGGAGCUUCCGGUGGGCCUGAUGGAGCAACGGCAGCAGUUGUUAUUGGACCGGAUGGGCAGUUAAGACGUCGUGAAUCAGUUCUCCAAAUGUUGAAUCGCAUCUGGAAGAGUGACGAAUGCACUCGACGGCCGUCUGUUCAGAAAUCCAAUGCAUUGGAUGUUCCGACAGAGCCGCUCUCCCGUCAAUUAUCUCUAUCUGAUACCAAUGUGACUCCACAAAUCAACCGAUGCGCCAAGCUCAAUUUGACAGCGAAACAGAGAAAACUUCUUCGGCAAAGUUUCAAUGCAAUGAAUUCUGGUGGAACGUUCUUGAAGCUAAUGGAGAAAAUAUUCAGACGGCUAGAAAACAAAUGUCCAGAUAUGAGAUCCAUAUUCUUGACGACAGCCUUCGUAAACUCAUUGAGCCGCGAACGUCAGACGCCUCCGCUCGUCAAAACUGAGCAUGAUCAUUGUAAAUGUAUGGUUGGAAUCUUCGAGAGACUAAUUGAUAACUUGGAUAAUAUCAAUGAGCAACUCAAUAUGAUUAGACACUAUGGAGAGAAGCACGCGCAGAUGGCUGAAAGUGGAUUCACUGGAGCGAUGAUUGAGCAGUUCGGAGAAAUCUCAGUGUUCAUAAUUGGAUCUCAAGACGUCGUCAAGUUCAAUCACGAGACUGUCAAAGCAUGGAGACUACUCCUCGCAUGUGUUACAGAUGAAAUGAAGGUGGGAUAUGAUCGGAUGACUCGUAUCAAUGGUCGUCGAAACAGCUGCAAUCCACCAAUUUCUACCGUAUCGGGCAACUGA